AUGGGCAGCAUCUCUCCCCGGCCGGUCAAGAAGAUCUGCUGCAUCGGCGCAGGAUAUGUCGGUGGACCAACCAGCGCGGUCAUUGCGCAACACAAUCCAGACGUCGCAGUGACUGUGGUUGAUCUAAGUGAGGCGCGGAUUGCCGCGUGGAAGUCAACGGCGCUGCCCAUUUAUGAGCCUGGACUGUACGAGGUUGUUGAGCUUGCCAGAGAUGGCACCGACGGCAGAACCCCGAACUUUCACUUUUCCACGGAUAUAUCUAGGACGAUCGACGAGGCCGACCUGAUUUUGAUCGCUGUCAACACACCCACCAAGACUGUAGGAUUGGGCGCUGGUGGCGCAUCGGAUCUGGCUUAUGUUGAGUCUGCUGCGAGACACAUUGCUGAGGUCGCCACCAGCGACAAGAUCAUCGUCGAAAAGUCGACUGUCCCCUGUGGAACUGCUGAUAGCAUUCGGGAAAUCUUGGAUGCCCAUGCCUCACCAGAUGUACACUUCGACAUUCUCUCCAACCCUGAAUUCUUGGCCGAGGGCACCGCCAUCAACGACUUACAGAAACCGGACCGCAUUCUGAUUGGAUCACUGGCGGAUGACAGAGGACGACAUGCCGCAGGUGCCCUUGCGCAGGUGUACGGCUCGUGGGUGCCGCAAGAACGAAUCAUCACCAUCAACCUGUGGUCGUCAGAGCUUGCCAAGCUCGCUGCAAACUGCAUGCUGGCACAGAGGAUCUCGAGCAUCAACUCGCUUAGUGCCAUAUGUGAGGCGACCGGGGCAAACAUUGAGGAGUUGGCGUUCGCAGUCGGUCUCGACACUAGGAUUGGCCCCAAGAUGUUGAAGUCUUCGGCUGGAUUCGGUGGUUCAUGCUUCAAGAAGGAUGUUCUGUCCCUGGCCUAUAUCGCGGAAACCUUACAUCUACCAGAAGUCUCGGCAUACUGGAAGUCUGUGGUCGACAUCAACGAAUACCAGAAGGAACGUUUUGCCAAGCGCAUCACCAAGCGUCUGUACAACACCUUGCGAUUGAAGAAGAUCGCAAUCCUUGGAUUUGCCUACAAGAAGAACACGGGCGACACUCGAGAGAGUGCGGCCAUCACUAUUGUGGGACAAUUAAUCGCCGAAGGUGCUCGAAUCGCAAUCUAUGACCCUCAAGUAUCCGAGCAGCAAAUCCGACAAGAUCUCACGUACGAACACCCAGCAGAGGUUGUGAAGAAGCAGGUUGAAGUGUUCGGAGAUGCCAUCUCGGCCUGCGCAGAUGCGAGCGCAGUGGUCAUUCUCACCGAAUGGGACGAGUUCAAGACCGACCAAACUCCUGACAUCAAUUCCAUGGACAGCGCUGUGCGAAAGCAGCUCGUCGAGAGGACUCGUCGGUCGCACUCAGCUUCAAGCUCAGAAGGCGACGCAGACUUCCGUGACAGCGGCUUCGUCACUCCCGCACCCUCAUCAUCCGACAGCAACCCCAUCUCAGCAGUUGUGAGCGAAGAAUCACGUCCAGCCGACAAGCGCGUGGACUGGGUACGGAUCGCCAGCUCGAUGAAGCGACCGAGACUUGUAUUCGACGGCAGGAAUGUAGUCGAUGCACCCAAGCUGGCUUCGUUGGGGUUCACAGUGGAAGACAUUGGAAAGCCGGGCAGCCGACCUCGUAGGUGGUAA